AACACUGAAGUAGACCGCCCUGAAGACAACAUGUCUGAAACUCGUGUUAAGAUCAGGAUAGGUGUUUUAGCAAUCCAGGGAGCAUUCUUCGAGCAUAGAGCCGCCCUUCUCAAAGCAGCGAAUGAUUUAACACUCAGCAAGGAAACUGAGAUUGAAGUUGUGGACGUAAGAGAGCCAGAUCAACUGGUAGAGUUGGAUGGACUGAUAUUACCUGGAGGGGAAAGCACGACAGUGAGUUUGUUCCUUCAAGCAAGUAACUUUGAGGAGGUUCUUAAAGAAUGGAUCGCUGCUAAAGAGAAUCAGAGAGUUGUAUGGGGAACUUGCGCUGGACUGAUUUUACUUUCAAAUGACAUAGAGGGUCAGAAAGAAGGUGGACAAUCAAAUAUUGGUGGUAUUGAUGUCACAACCUCCCGGAACUUUUUUGGUCGUCAAGUCAACAGUUUUGAAGCAAAUGUGAGUCUCCACAAUAAGUUUCUUGCAGAGUAUCAUAGCAAUAGUUCAAAUGGAUUCAGUGAUGGCAGCAUAGAUGAUGGGUACCAUGGUGUUUUCAUUCGAGCUCCAGCAGUGGUGUCUGUUAACAACCCUAAAGUUGAAGUUUUAGCCACAAUCACUGUACCACAGAGAGAGGAGCCUGUUGUGGUGGGUGUGGCUCAGGACAACUUGAUUGCAACUGCUUUUCAUCCAGAAUUGACAGAAGAUACGAGAUGGCAUGCAUACUUCUUAAGACAAAUUUUAGAGAAGAUAAAUCCUGCCAAAAAUUGAGAUAAACAGUAAAAUUGGGAGGCUUGUGACCCUCCAAGAAGCAAUAAUUUUUUAUAGUUUUAUAUAAAAUGCAGACAUUUUAAGUCACAUAAGUAGAAAUAGUUUUACAAUCACUGAUUCAAGGAUAUCAAAAUUCUAUUUCAUAUACUUAAAAUUUAAUGAAGUUACUUUAUCAUGUAAUAAGAUAGUCAAAACCUAUGUCAAAACAAGAGAUCAGUGCUCUCUUCACAAAACAACUUUAACUCCUCAACUCAUGCAUUCAUGUUGAGGACUAUUCCAGUUGAGUAAGAGGUUUGAUUCAUGGGCUAGUGUUAAACUUACAUGCUGGUACUUUGAAUUAUGGCAGCUUCUUCAAUAAUGAGGUUGCCUGGUUAAGACUGGGGCUAUUUCAUGUAAAAUUGAUAUUAAUGUGCAAGCCAUAUAAGCCUAAACUUUUUUCAGGCCUUAUUUUCACUACUGCUUAAGUAGUGUUCAUUACUGCGAAGAUCACUUUCAUAUUUACAUCUUUAUCCACAGUUCACAUAUUUAUGAUUUUCAUAUAUUCACAGUUAUUUAUUCAUCACUUCAUGGGUUUAUAUGGAACCAAAGUAGUGAUCAGCUCCCAGUUGACUUGCUAGCUAAGUUGGUAGAGCACUGCACUGGUUUCACAGAGGUCAUGGGUUAAAAUCCAGUACAGGCCAAAAUUUCUUUUUUCAGGCCUUAUUUUCACUACUCAGUGCUCAAGUUGUGUUCAUUACAGCAAAGAUUGCUUUCAUAUUCACAUAUUUGGAAUAUUGAGGGCUGUAUUGAAAAUUAUAAGCAAUUUUAAUAUUUCAAAUAACAUUGGGUAAUGGUAACCUCGAGCUGUCAUAAGUAAUAUUCACAAGCAGUUGUUUUUGUACUAGUCUUGUUAUUUAAUAGAACUGACUAUUUUAACCAGGCAUUAACAAACCAUUAUUUACAAGGUCGCAUAUCGCUCCUACAAUGAAAUAUCCAUUAUAAAUGCUGUGGUUCAAACUUAUGUAUUCUUAAAGAUACUUUUAACUUUGUGUUUAGGUAUGGUUAAGUGUAAUUAUAAACCAUGGUAACAAAAACAUAUACCUAGAUAAUUGUAGACUUGUAUUUUACAUGUCCAAUUUUGUCUCAGAUUAUUUAAAU